GCGAGUCACCCAAGGAAAACCCGUAUGAGGAUGUGGAGCUGAAAGGCCGUCACGCGGGCCGAAAAUCCCAUCAGCUCUCGGAGAAUUCCCUAGAUUCCUUGCACAGGAUGUGGACUCCGCAGGACAGGAAAUACACAGCACCUCCCCAGUCCUCCCCCUCCAGCCUCAACGAGGACAGCUUGAGUACCACGAGCGAGCUGCUGUCUACACGCCGGGCCAGGAGGAUCCCAAAGCUUGUCCAAAGAAUUAAUUCCAUCUACAGUGCAAAAAGAGGAAAAAAACGAUUGAAGAAACUUUCAAUGUCCAAUAUUGAGACAGCAUCCCUACGAGAUGAAAACAGUGAGAGUGAGAGUGACUCAGAUGACAGGUUUAAAGCUCAUACGCAGCGUCUAGUGCACAUCCAGUCAAUGCUGAAAAGAGCUCCAAGCUAUCGAACCCUGGAACUGGAGCUGAUUGAAUGGCAGGAGCGGGAGUUAUUUGAGUAUUUUGUGGUGGUGUCACUGAAAAAGAAGCCCUCUAAAAGUACUUACCUCCCAGAAGUGACAUAUCAGUUUCCCAAGCUAGAAAGACCCACCAAACAAAUGCGUGAAGCAGAGGAGCGUCUCAAGGCUAUCCCUCAGUUCUGCUUUCCUGAUGCCAAGGACUGGCUCCCUGUCUCCGAAUACAACAGUGAGACCUUCUCUUUCAUGCUGACUGGGGAAGAUGGAAGCCGGAGGUUUGGUUAUUGCAGGAGGCUGUUGCCAAGUGGAAAAGGCCCACGCCUACCUGAAGUUUAUUGCGUCAUCAGCCGGCUGGGGUGCUUUGACUUAUUUUCCAAGAUCCUGGAUGAGGUUGAAAGGAGAAGGGGUAUAUCUGCUGCCUUGGUUUAUCCAUUUAUGAGGAGUCUGAUGGAAUCUCCUUUUCCUGCACCUGGAAAGACAAUCAAAGUCAAAACCUUCCUGCCUGGAGCUGGAAAUGAGGUGAUUGAGCUCCGGCGGCCCAUGGACUCGCGCCUGGAACAUGUGGACUUUGAAUGCCUUUUCAAGUGUCUCAGUGUACGGCAGAUCAUCAGGAUCUUCGCUUCUCUCCUGUUGGAGCGACGUGUGAUUUUUGUAGCAGAUAAGCUCAGGUGAGUGGCAAAGAGACCUGAACCACAACAUGUUGUUCAGGGCAGUACUGUCUCCUGAAACAAAAGGCUGUAGGAAAUGGCUACAAGGAUGGUGGAUGUGAGAAUGCACUCACUGCAGGAUUUUAAUCAUUUUUAUAUCAGCGGCAGUUAUUUGCAUCAGGUGGGUAACA